AUGGCUAUUGUGAUGACAGCCGAGGACUCCAUAGGCGCACCGAAAGGGGUCGUCCGUGUGGUGCACCGAUGUGAAGAUGCAAUGGUUAACCAAAGACUAGAUCUAUCUGCGUGUUUUCUAGCUUCGUUCCCAGACGCAAUCUUCAUGCUGAUGCGGAACACUCAGCUGGAGAGUUUGGAUCUGUCGCAGAAUGUCAUCAGAAAAAUACCAUCUAAAGUGCCUAGGAAAUUCACCGGCAUCAGCUCGCUGAAUUUAGCGUCCAACAGACUAUUCAACCUCCCGGACGAGAUAUCAGAACUGGAAAAUCUCACACACCUGGAUCUCAGCGGCAAUGAUUUCACCUCGAUUCCAUGGUGUUUAUAUCGGAUGACUCAGUUGCGUUUCCUGAAUCUGAGCAAUAAUCAUAUUGUGGAUGUGGAUAUAACGGGACUCAAGCGGUUAGACUGCGAGAUCCACCUCGAGAACAAUCCGCUCACCACCGAAUGUUGCGCCCAGCUAGCCCGGGAAACCCUGCCAAAAGUCAGCUACACUCCCAUGAAGCAAGAGCAAUGAACAAGUUAGCAGAAUUGCUGCGACGAAUCGGCUGUGCUGACGGAGCCGUCACUCGAUCGAGCUUCCCACCGCCACGACAGUUUUCCGGCAUCCGCAGAACACUGUAAACACAUUAUUGUUGACGUUCAUUCUCGAGGCUGUACAUACUCGUUUCUUGACACAUAUUGUUGAGAGUAAUCUCGGUUUUCGGCGUCGCAUGCGAUGCAUUGGAAACAUUGAAACUU